CUUAGUCUGUGGACAAUCGGUGGUGGGCCGCUGGCCGAGAGUAUAUGAUAAUUAUCAUUUGAUUUAUUACUUCAUAGUUAUUUACACAGAAACUAUUGCAGCGUUCAGUCGUCAGUAUAAUCGUAGCUAAAUUUAUAAAUAGUGUAGUUCUUAUUAAAAUGGAAAAACAGGAAGUUAAAUUAUUUACCCGCGAGGAGUUGAAGAAGCGAAACACUCGCGAGGACUGUAUUCUCAUCAUCCACAACGAGGUUUACGACGUCACUGAGUUUUUAGAAGAGCACCCCGGAGGUCUGGAGGUGCUUAUGGAACUGGCAGGUCAAGACGCCACCGAACCCUUUGAAGACGUUAGCCACAGUUCUGACGCAAGGGCGUUGAUGAAAAAGUACAAGAUCGGCGGACUAGUGGAGGCGGACCGCACCCAGACAAAGGCGGCUUUCGCCCCUCAGUGGAACAACGACCAACCGCAGGAGCAGGGCAAUUGGAGUUCAUGGGCUCUACCGCUACUAUUGGGCAUCGCCGCAACAAUUCUCUACCGGUAUCUGUUCAUGUAGUGAGUUCCUUGACUCUUGGCUCUCUCAAUAUUAGCUGAAGUUCAGAUCUGACUCGAAGGUGCCGGCAUCACCCAACCACACACAUCAAAAUGUAUAAUAACAACAAUCCAAUGAACUUUUUGUUGUGUAGAAAUUCAGCUAUAAACUGACAAAUUUUUCAAGCAUUUCUGGAGUCUGUAAAAGCAACUAGCCUAAAUAUAUGUUGCAACUGUUAUGCAACAAUAAAUGAUAUGAAUUGCGACGGCAUAUCUUUGUUGUAGGCAGUUUUGCUCAUGCUGUUAGGAUAAUAUUCAGUCAGAUUAAGCACUAAGUAUGACAUCCAUAUGUCAAAAAGUAUUGGAUUUGACAUUACUCAUACUUAUUGCUAAGUCUGGACACUGAAUACUUACCCUUAAUUUCUCAGUGUUCUGCUUUAUCAAUAGUGUAUGCCAUCACUGAAAUGCUUUUGAUCAAAAAAUAUAUAAGUACUGUUAAUAAGCCUAUUUCUGACAUCAGAAUCUCUCUUCAGUGGUGUUGCAGAGACAAAUUAUCAUUCCCAUCUACAUUGUACAGAAGCAAUUUUUUUAUAAGUAUAAUAAUUGUUUACAUGUAAACUGUAGGAAUAAAUUAGCCAAUUGUGUGAGCUUGCAGGAUUUAUUAAGAUUAUUUUAUAAUUAGUAUUUAAUUUUUUGGGGCAUUUACAUUAAAUAAGCUGUAAGGAAUCAGCAUUUACAUACAUAGGUGUAUAACAUUUUUUUUAACACACUUGAAAGAAUUAUAUAGUUUUAAGAGCCAUUAUUUCAUUCCUUAUUAAAUUUAACAACAAGUUAUAAAAUUAUAUGUCUAUGUCAUGACUAAUAACAUCUAAUCUAAGAUGUAAAAUAUCAUUAUUACUGAACACAUAUGUUUAACUUCUAGUGUCCAUAAUAUUAAAACUGUAACUUGGUGCACACCAGUUUCAUAAUUUUUAGCGUAUGCUCAAUGCCAACACCUAAAAAUAUUUCACAAAAUAUACUCGGUUAGUGAGAAUAUUAAUUUAAUAGGCUAAGUGCCUUAUACCUCUCUUUUUUAUAAGCAUAAAUUUGCCCCAGGAAUGUAGCCCAAUCUGUAUAAUAGAACAACAAUAUUGAAAUUGUUUUAUUAGUGGUUGACCACUUUAAAUAUAUAAAAUAGCUCAUAAAUAGUAAUUUCAAACUAUCAUAUUUUAAAUAUGUACAGAGCCAAUUUUUGUUCUUUUAUACAUUUUUGGCCUACUUUAAGUGUAUUUGUAAUGUGCUAGAGGUGUGUAUUUAUAAUGGUUAAGGAGUUGCUAUGAAUGUAUUUGGGUUUGUGUGGAUUUUGAUAAAUAAACAUCUUGUUUAAUAAA